UGAAAAGAUCAGUGGCUGAUGAUGUCUGCUAAAACUAACAACACUAUGAACGUCUGAACAGUAGGGUCUAAUACGGUAAAUGGUUUUGUACGGUGUGUUGUUUUUUCUUAUUUCUUUGUUUUAGUCUGAAACGUUUGAAUUGACUGGAUCUAGUAAAGAGAAAGAGAAGGAGGCAGGCCUGAGCUGUAACUAUGUGUGGGUGAGUUAGAUGACGCUGUUAAGAUGUCUACUCUGCUCUUUCAUUUUUUUGUGGUGGACCUCUGUCUUGAGUGUUCUCUCAAGUUUAGCAUGGGAAAGUGCGUCUAGUGAAUGACACAGCAUCGGUCUUGGAGAAUUUGAAAUGGUUAAGGAAUUGAAGUUAGGAAGUCGUUUUUGAUAACAUUUAUUGUGCUUUAUGCAAUACAGUAUGUUGUGUGCUUGUAUUUAUGUAGAACUGGUUUAGACAUUUACAUUUGUCAAUAUUGUGCUUUUCUACAGUAAUGAUAUGGCCCUUUGCUUUGGCUUAGUCUGAAGCAGUUUAUCUGGCGAAGGAAGUGAGUCAGCUGAAUAAAACUUGUUCAAUAACGUUGUAGGAAGAGACUGUCACAUUUGCCAAAAAAUAUGAGUUAUAACUGAUUUUAACAUAAAUUAAAGUUUAUAGAGAGUUGGGAAGACAGUUGAGACAACUUGACAAUUUUCAUUGAGAUUUCCCUCUAUAGUUCUUGAUGUUACUUUCCAAAUCUCAGUUUACACAGGGUCUCCUAAGAGCUUGUUUGUUAUUUUAAAUUGGGUCCCAGGAAGUAAUGUGGUGAUGUGCUGUAGUUCAUUCAUUAAUGAAUUGAGACUGCCUCUAGGGAGCACUGUGAGAGUCUGUGAGGCACCAUGCCAGCGAGACAGUGACUCAGUCUAGGCUGAGCUCUUUUGGUGGUGAACUCUAUGCGGUGCUAGUCCGUGAUCUGACCUCGGCUCCAGAGCUUGCACCAGUCUCAGAGGAGCUCAACUUGAGAUCCAGAAGCCUCCUGGGUUUCAGUGAGGAUUGUGACAACAGCAGGAGAAGUGCAUUGAAAUCAGCUCAUGCAACAGGCCUCGGUGAGCUCAAACAGGACGGUAAAUCCACAUAAUAGUCAACUUUGAAAGCCUGCUGACAUAGACAUUAUUCCUCUUUAAAGUCUGCAAUGAGGGCAGUGUGUUUGAUGCUGACUGCCUUAUUGAUGCUGGAAUAUGUGUGCCGGAGUGACACCAUGUCCACCUGUAAGUCUCUGGACUUGGAGCUGGUGAAGAGGAAACGUAUUGAGGCCAUCCGUGGACAGAUACUGAGCAAGCUGCGGCUGCCCAAGGAGCCAGAGAUUGACCAGGAGGGAGACAAUGAGGAGGUCCCAGCUUCCCUGAUGUCCAUCUACAACAGCACGGUGGAGCUGAGUGAGGAACAGGUGCACACGUACAUACCACCCACUCCAGAUGCAGAGGAGGAGGCAUACUUUGCAAAGGAGGUCCACAAGUUCAACAUGAAACAAAGUGGGAACACCAGUAAGCACCAGAUGCUCUUCAACAUGUCUGAGAUGCGGUCAGUAUUGGGGACUGAUCGACUGCUCUGUCAAGCUGAGCUCCGUCUCCUCAUCAAGAACCGUGGCAUGUUCGAAGGCAGCGAGCAGAGGCUGGAACUCUACAGAGGAGUUGGAGAUAAGGCACGUUACCUGAAGUCCCAUUUUGUCUCCAAGGAAUGGGCCAAUCGCUGGUUGUCCUUUGAUGUAACACAGACUCUGAGGGAGUGGCUGCAAGAGGCUGGAGAGGAGCAAGGAUUUCAAUUGAAGUUGCCUUGUGAUUGUGGGAAACCAAUGGAGGAAUUCCUCUUCGGAAUAGCAGGGAUGGACAAGCUGAGGGGAGAUACAGAAACACUCUCCAUGAAAAUGCCAUCAAAGCCUCACAUUUUACUGAUGUCACUUCCUGUGGAACGCCACAGCCAGCUUAGCUCUCGGAAGAAACGACAAACCACUACUGAAGAGAUCUGCUCAGACAAAUCGGAGAGUUGCUGUGUGCGAAGGCUUUACAUUGACUUCCGUAAGGACCUGGGCUGGAAGUGGAUCCAUGAACCCACUGGCUACUUUGCUAACUACUGCAUGGGCCCCUGCACCUAUAUAUGGAACACAGAAAACAAGUACUCCCAGGUACUGGCUCUGUAUAAGCACCACAAUCCUGGAGCCUCUGCCAAACCCUGCUGUGUUCCACAGGUCUUAGAGCCCCUACCCAUUAUCUAUUAUGUGGGGAGACAACACAAGGUGGAGCAGUUGUCCAAUAUGAUUGUUAAGUCCUGCAAGUGUAGCUAGAAUUACUGUACAUAUCCCUCCCUUUUCUUGUCCAUCGUAUUUCCUUGUACUCAUGGAGAUACAAAAUGGGGGCUGAUCCUUUUUGAUGCCACUGGUUUAGUGUAAACUGCUUGUCCCUUGGAAAUCAAGAUGUAGUCAAGACAUUAAUUUACGAAGGGUACUAAUAUAAUUUGAUAUGUUUGGGUGGUGUCUAGUCUGCAUUUUUUAUUUAGCUUUUCCCAGCAGAGAAUUUGUUUAUGUUUAGUGAUUUGUUAAUGUUUUCUUAUUUUAUUUUCAAUAUAUGUAGUGGUUUAUGGAGUUUAAAAAAAAUGUUGUUUAGACUUGUCAAUAGUCUUAUCUUACUGUCACUGAGUUGCAGUAUUUGUGCUCCCUGGGAAGUAUAGAGGGAAAAGGCUAAGAUGGCAUUAGUUUUGGUCUACUAUUACAUAUAAUACUGAAUGUACAAUAUCAUUAACUUCCUCUAAAUAGUUUUGUCAUUCAUCUCUUUUGAAUAAAUAUAUCUGCAUCACACGACCUAUCUCAAGAAAUACUGUAAAAAAGUUAAUUUAAAAAAUAGUUAAUUCUGUUUAAGCCUACUGGAUCAAAAGUCCUUUAACAAUAAAUAUGUCCAGAGUGCCAUGACAUUAUACCAUGACAUUAGGGGGUCUCUAUAUUUUUUGGACAUCUGUUACAAAACACCUCACGCGCUUGUGCGUUCAUUACAUUUUUUUUAUAGUAGAUGUAAUUUAACCAUAUUGCUUUUUAUUACCUAUUAAUUUGGAAUUAACACAACCAGUCAUGAUGCUUUCAUCUUAUUGUCAAACAAAUCACUUCAAAAAGUAGGCUACUUGUGCAUGUUCCAGCAUCCAAACAGCACACUGUGCACUCGCUCCAUUUGAUGAAUGAAUGGAAAGAGACACCUGUUACAAAACAUCAACAAGUGUAAUUACAUUUUUAGUUGUGUGCUCCAUAUUUAGUUUAAGAUAGGUUAUAAGUAGGCCUUUUGUAAAAUAAUUCGCAUUUGCCUAUUGUUGUCAUUUGUUGGGUACAGUAGGCACUAGUCUUUCUUGGCAACUGCUGCAAUAUAACCUGUUCAAAACUUUUGUGAAGGUUUACACCAGUUCACAAGUGUUUUUUUUUUAUUCUGUUGAGCCAUUUUCUUUGGCCAAAUUAAGUUCCAACUGUAAUGUUGUGUUUGCCACGAUAUAAUAUCCUGCUCAUAUUUUACCUAUAAAUAAUGGCUUGACUUACUUUUGAUAUUACCCUAAUAAAGUUAAGAAACUUU